AUGACUUCCUGGCUACCCAUCCCAGACGACUCAGACUUUUCACUUUGUAACUUACCCUAUGGAGUCUUUAGCACCGUAGACGACAGCCCUCGCAUAGGCGUUGCUAUCGGCGAUCACGUCGUCGACCUCAAAGCUCUCGCCAACGACCAUAUCUUCGACGACUUCGGCUUCGACACCGAAUGCUUGCAAAAUCCGACUUUGAACGCCUACGCAGCCUUGGGUAGGGGUGUUCACGGCCGUGUUAGGAGUAGACUGCAAGAUUUGCUUGUUUUAGAGACGAAGCUUGGAUCUGAGUUGCGAGACAAUGCAAAUCGCCGCAAGAGAUGCCUGGUCCCCAUGAAGAGCAUCACCAUGCAUAUGCCAGUCGCCGUGGGGAACUUCACCGACGGCUUCGUGGGACUGUAUCAUGCAGAGAAUAUGUACCGUGGCAAGCUCAUUCCCUCGUUCUGGGAUGCCCCGACAGCCUACCAAGGUCGCGCUUCGUCUGUUGUUGUCUCAGGCACUCCGAUUCACAGACCUCGAGGUCAAACGCGAGUCAAUGGUAAAGCAAUAUCUGGGCAUUGUCAAAAGCUCGAUUUCGAAGUCGAAUUUGCGGCGAUCGUCGGCCAGGGUAACAACUUCGGAGAUGCCAUUGAUGUCGACCAGGCGGAUGAUCACAUCUUUGGGUACGUUCUGUUGAAUGACUGGUCUGCCAGGGAUUUUCAGCAGAGUGAGUUCGGGCCCUUCACAUGCAAGAACUUUGCGACGUCGAUUUCGCCGUGGGUUGUGCCGUUUGAGGCGCUGGAGCCGUUUCGUGUGCCUCCUACCAAGGCUGAUCGUCCGUUACCAGACUACUUAGUCCAGAAGAAGCUGAAGUCGGCGUACGAUAUUCCAAUUCAAGCUACGCUUGAAGUUGCCGGGCAAAAGUAUCAGAUGUCCCGUUGCAACACCAAGCAUGUCGUGUUCUCCUUUGCGCAGAUCAUCGCUCACCACACUCGCGGCGGAUGUCCACUUGUGCCCGGUGACAUUAUAGCCACCGGAACCAUGUCUGGGCCCUCUCGCCCAGAGUUCGGAUGCUUCAUGGAGCUCUCGAGGGUCGGGACGGAGGCGUAUGGAAUGGAGUCUGUGGAUGAUACAGGGCUGAAGAUAAGUCGGACUUACCUUGAGGAUGGCGACGUGGUGGAGUUUACUUGUCAGCUUCGUUCUCCGGACGGCACUGGAAGGAUUGGGUUUGGUGCUUGUCGGGGCGAAGUGUUGCCAGGCAAGUAG